AAUUCUCAAGGAGCUGACAGAUUAAGACACAUGGACGGUGGAUAUUCAUCCUCCAGCUCUUCUUCCUCCUAUAAAUGGAGGUCACUUCAUCCACUUCCGCCACAUCCCAGCUUUAGAGAACUAAACUUACCUAAAAAAAACCCCUCCUUUUCCAUCCUUUUCUUUGAAAAGAGCCUGAAAAUGUCUUGCUGUGGUGGAAACUGUGGCUGUGGCGAUAGCUGCAAGUGCGGCAGUGGGUGCAGCGGAUGCAACAUGUACCCUGGUUUGGCUGAGGAGAAGAUCACCACAACUCAAACAGUAAUUCUUGGACUGGUGCCAACAAAGGGAAAACUUGAGGGAUUUGAGAUGGCUGAGGGAUCUGAGCAUGGGUGCAAGUGUGGAUCCAACUGCACCUGUGACCCAUGUAACUGCAAAUGAAAUAAACUUGAAGGAGGAGCUUGGUUUGGUGUUUGCCUGGUUUGUUAAUCAAGAGUCUAUGAAGAAUUAAUAAGAUGCCUAUGUGCCAUGUAUGUUUUAUGCAUAUAUGAUGAUAUGAUGCAAACCAUACAUGAUACAUGCAUGCAUGAUGGUCAUGACUAGUUUGUGUUGGCAGCCUAUCUAUGUUUGUCUUGUGUUGUGUGUGACAUUUUAUAUUAAUGGUGAAAAGAAUAUAGCUCCUUCUUAA